GGCAUCUCCCUAAAGGACAUGUCAAUCACUAUUCAAAGUAGUAAUCAAAUCUCUUUCACCUAAAGAGUUAGUCCGGAUCCACGUCCCCAAACCUUUGGACAGGAAUGAUGGGACGUUUUUGAUGCGGUAUAGGGUAUAUGACACUGUCAGCGAAGGGCUGAAGAUAGAGGUCCUUUAUGGUGAUGAACAUGUGGCUCAGUCUCCUUAUAUUUUGAAAGGACCAGUGUACCAUGAGUACUGUGAGUGUCCGGAAGAGGAUCCUCAGGCCUGGCAGAAAACUCUUUCUUGUCCAACCGAGGAACCACAGAUAGCAAAGGAUUUCGCUUCCUUCCCCAGCAUCAAUCUCCAACAGAUGCUAAACGAAGUUCCAAAAAGGUUUGGGGAUGAGAGGGGUGCCAUUGUUCACUACACGAUUCUCAAUAACCGCAUCUACCGAAGAUCUUUAGGGAAAUACACGGACUUCAAAAUGUUCUCGGACGAGAUUUUGCUGUCACUGGCAAGAAAGGUCCUUCUCCCCGAUAUGGAAUUUUAUAUUAAUCUUGGAGAUUGGCCUCUGGAGCAUCGAAAAGUCAACGAAACCCCUGGCCCUUUACCUAUCAUUUCAUGGUGCGGCUCCCUGGAUUCACGGGAUGUCAUCCUUCCAACGUAUGACAUCACCCACUCCACACUCGAAGCGAUGAGGGGUGUCACCAAUGAUCUCCUCUCUAUUCAGGGAAAUACAGGGCCUUCCUGGAUCAAUAAAACAGAGAAAGCUUUCUUCAGAGGUAGAGACAGCCGAGAAGAGAGGCUCCAGUUGGUACAGUUGUCCAAGGAAAAUCCAGAGCUCUUAGAUGCAGGAAUUACAGGAUAUUUCUUUUUCCAAGAGAAAGAAAAGGAGCUUGGAAAAGCUAAAUUGAUAGGUUUCUUUGAUUUCUUUAAGUACAAGUAUCAAGUGAAUGUGGACGGGACCGUGGCUGCUUAUAGAUAUCCAUACCUUAUGCUGGGCGACAGUUUGGUUUUGAAGCAGGAGUCAACAUAUUAUGAACAUUUCUAUAUGGCACUAAAACCUUGGAAACAUUAUGUUCCAAUUAAAAGAAAUCUUAGUGAUUUACUAGAGAAAGUUAAGUGGGCCAAGGAAAAUGAUGAAGAAGCCAGGAAGAUUGCAAAAGAAGGGCAGCUGGCAGCUCGGGAGCUGCUGCAACCACACCGGCUUUACUGCUACUAUUACCGCGUGCUGCAGAAAUAUGCUGAGCGCCAGUCCAGCAGACCCGAAAUACGGGAUGGGAUGGAACUCGUUCCUCAGCCAGAUGAUAACACGUCCCUGUGCCAGUGCCUCCGGGGAAGACCUUUCAGAGAAGAGCUUUAAGUCAGCUCACCUCGACACUCCUGCGUAGGCCAGCGACGCGGUCAAUGCAAGCCUUCAGAUACAGGCUGCGCUGUGGCCAGCGCAGGCGAGGAGACUCACGUGGAUGGGCUGAGACAGCAAGUACUACAGGUCUCUUUGAAUGUUAUUUUCUUUUGUGUAAAACUGCUAUCAUCAACAUCGCAGUUUCUCUAAACAGAAAACUUGUGGGUCAUAGCAGACAGAGAGGCUCGCCAAAGUAGAAAUCACUCUCUAUGAAAUGAUUUACACCAUAUUUCUUAGUUUGUUUCUCUCCCUUAUUCACUUUCCCUCUCCCUCUUCCAAAUAUGAAGAAAAAAUGUUUGUGCAGGGUUCUUCCCCUCUUGUUGCAUAAUUUCUCCUCCUACAAGCUGCUUUGGACAUUCAGUAAUAGCAAGCCUCCUCCUGGAAGGCCUGAUAAGAAUAAUUAAGGAAGAAGAGGGUGGCUUCCUUGUGAAAGGUAGCUUGGAGACUAUGGAGGCCACGUUUUUUAAAGCUCACUCAUAUCUUUUUAACUAAGUUUUACCAAGGCCUGAGACAAAAUUAAAGAGAAAUUAUGCCACAAACUAGUAAUUUCCAAUCUGUCUGGGUGUUACACCUGUCAAGGACAAUGCAAUUAUGAGUAGAUGAGAACAUUCUGUGGGUACCACUCAUUAUCUAUAUAUUCAAUAGAUAGAUGAUAACUACAGUCAGGUGGGGAUCCCUACUACUUUUUGAAUCUUUAAAAGGGAUACUUGAAAACAUCUGCCAGAAGCAGCAGUAAGCCUGGUACCUUGGGAAUUCACCAAUAAGCUGAUAAGAAAGGCAGGCAUCUUGACUGCACUCCUCCUCUGUGUCAUUGCAUUGCUGCAAGAAAAACUUUGGAAAUUUCCUUUGCCUUUUUGGACAGGGUCAGGACUUAAGACUUAUACCCCAGAAAUUCAUUACAUACUCCUUGUAAAACCACCAAUGCAAGAUUCACUCCACUAAAGAACACACUUCCAGAGCAAGAGCUAGCUACACUCCCAGUCUAAAAAUAUUUACUUCCUAGGGGCGCCUGGGUGGCUCAGUCGUUAGGCGUCUGCCUUCGGCUCAGGGCAUGAUCCCAGCAUUCUGGGAUCGAGCCCCGCAUCAGGCUCCUCCACUGGGAGCCUGCU